UUUCAUGGCCCUCAGCCAUCGCAAGCGAAUCAGAAUUGCCCGUACCCUCAGAGACGACGACGUCAAUUCUAGGAAAUCUUACAAUAUUUGUCGGCUUCAGUAUUUGACAGCAUAAUUACCGUCCUACUGUUCUCGCGACCUGAUAUACAUCCUUCAAAAUUAUUAUAUUUGGCUAACCGCCACGAAGAGGCGACAUCUUUUUCGUUGUGCGUGCACCCGCUGGACCCACCACCGCUUUCACGAAGCGCCGAUUGAGCAAACAGAUUCGGAAUCUGGAGCAAGUCUACAGUUCCUAAGAGACACCGAAGGUUCCACGACCUUCAACCAUACAAGGCCGGUACUCAGCCCCUUAUAGAUGUCGAUCUAACGUUUCUGACGUCCCACAAGACAUCCCGUGUGACCGAAGCGGGCUAUUCAGACGCUGCGAAUAUACGGCAAGCUGAAAAUUUCAAUUGGGCUAUAAAGAUAGUCGAAAUACCUCCGGUUUCAGGAUCUGCCAUGGCGUGGCAGCCGACCGACGAGGCCUUGGGGCAGUUGGCGGGGUGUCUGAGAGAUUCGACCGAUGGGCAAGACAAGACGAAGCAAAAGCAAGCUGAACUAAUGCUGGCGCAAGCACAGAAUUCACCUGACAUCAACAACUACCUCACGUACAUAUUCACCAGUCCCGACGUUCCACCAGGACUCCCGUACACGGAAGUCCAAUACCAUACCAUCAGGGCAGUAGCGUCGAUUACUCUGAAAAACAACAUUAGGACGGGAUACAAAACGAUACCAGAAUCAAGCCUGGCGCUUAUUCGGUCUACCCUACCACUUGCGCUCCAAGACAAGAAUGCUCUGAUCAGAAGCUAUGCAGGAAUUGUCAUUACUGAAAUUGUCAAGCGUGGUGGAAUACUUGCAUGGCCAGAGCUUCUGCCUCACCUGAUCGAUCUGGUGAGCAAUGGGAGUGGAAAUGUCACCCAAGUGGCUCAAGAAGGUGCUAUGUCUGCGUUGAGCAAAAUCUGCGAAGACAACAAGCAACUGCUGGAUAGUGACUACCAAGGCCAACGCCCGCUCAAUGUUCUCAUUCCCAAACUGAUCGAGUUUACCCAAAGCCCACUCCCGAAGGUUCGGACGUUAGCUCUGAUGAGCAUCAAUGAAUUCAUACACCAGAAGCCCCAGGCCAUUCUCGUCAACUUGGAUGUUUUGUUAGGCCAUCUAUUCCAGCUAGCCAAUGACCCUGUUACAGAUGUUCGCAGACAAGUUUGCCGGGCAUUCGUCUCAAUUGUGGAAGUUCGGCCAGACAAGGUUCUGCCAUAUAUUGGAGGUUUGGUCGAUUAUAUUAUCGCCCAGCAAAAGCAAACUGACGAAGAAGACCUUGCUUGCGAUGCAGCAGAGUUUUGGCUUAGUGUGGGCGAACACCAAGAACUAUGGAAAGCCUUGGCGCCAUACCUUGAUAGGAUUAUCCCAGUCCUAUUAGAUAGCAUGGUCUACAGCGAGGACGACAUCGCUGAUUUGGGCGGUCUUAUUGAUGAUGCAGAAGAAGAUGACAGGGCCGAGGAUAUUAAGCCUACGUUUGCACGUGGAAAGGAUGCCAGAAAUUUCGAAGGUGAAGCUGCCGAAGGACAGAAUGGAGACGCAUACAAAAAAGUGCCUGGAGGAAGCGACUCUGAUGAUCUCGACGAAGGCGAAAUAGACGAGUCAGAUGAUGACGACGACUACAAUCCAGAAGACCAAUGGAAUCUACGAAAAUGCUCUGCAGCUGCACUGGAUGUCUUUGCCACGGACUUCCGAGGACCAGUCUUCGAGUCAAUUCUGCCAUACCUGAUGACUAAUCUGAAGCAUGAAGACUGGCCUCACCGGGAGGCCGCAGUUCUUGCUCUUGGUGCCGUUGCAGAAGGGUGUAUGGAUGUGGUUACUCCGCACUUACCGGAACUAGUACCAUACCUCAUCAGCUUGCUGAAUGACACGGAGCCACUUGUACGGCAGAUCACCUGCUGGACCCUUGGAAGAUACUCAGCAUGGGGAGUUGGUCUUACAGAUGAAGCCGACCGUGCAAGGUAUUUCGUACCAAUGAUGGAGGGUCUUCUGAUGAAAAUGCUUGAUCGCAAUAAGAAGGUCCAGGAAGCAGGGGCAUCCGCAUUUGCACACCUUGAAGAAAAGGCUGGCUCACAACUUAUCCCCUACUGCAACCCAAUUAUUCGCCAAUUCGUACGCUGUUUCGACAGAUAUAAGGAGAAGAACAUGUUCAUACUGUACGACUGUGUGCAGACCUUGGCUGAGCACGUUGGCCCUAGCCUUGCCACUCCCGAACUAAUCGACUUAUUGAUGCCUGCACUCAUCAGCCGGUGGAGAAAGGUUUCCGACCAGUCUCGAGAACUGUUUCCCCUUCUGGAAUGUUUAUCAUACGUUGCGGCAGCAUUUGGGACGGCUUUCACGCCUUACUCGCCUGAUAUUUUCGCUAGGUGUAUCAAGAUUAUCCAUCAGAAUCUUGAAGACCACGCUCUGGCUGCGACCAACCCUAUCUACGAUAGCCCUGAUAAAGACUUUUUGGUCACAAGUUUGGAUCUUUUGAGUGCUAUUAUUCAAGUCCUUGAUGCUGCCGAGUCCGCACAGCUCGUUUCAACGGCGCAGCCAAAUUUCUUUGAGCUUCUGACUUUCUGUAUGGAAGAUCCAACCAGUGACGUUCGCCAAUCAUCGUAUGCGUUACUCGGAGACUGCGCAAAAUGUGUUGCUCCUCAACUCGGGCCAUUCUUGCCAAGCAUAAUGCGGGUACUUCUCAAGCAACUCAACCUAGCUGAAGUAUUGGACGAGCAAAUCGAGAAUGGGUUCAGUGUUACUAACAACGCCUGUUGGUCGUUAGGUGAGAUUGCAAUUCGACACGGCAAAGUUCUAGCGCCAUAUAUCGACCAGCUGCUUCAACGCCUCGUGGAAAUUCUCGGAAACAACAAGGUGCCUACUUCUGUAAAUGAGAAUGCUGGAAUUGCACUUGGACGUUUGGGACUUGAUAACUCAGAGGCCAUGGCCCCUCAUCUUGCGUUAUACGCAGCGUAUUUCCUGAACUCGAUGGACAGCGUCGACUAUACGGAAGAGAAGGUUUCCGCCUUCAUCGGAUUCACGAUGAUUGUUGGCCGGAACCCCCAAGCGAUGGAGAGCGUCCUUGUUCAUUUCUUUACUUCGAUUGCACACUAUAAGCACGAGUUCGAAUUCACCACGGAACACAAGGCCAACCUUCACACCUUGUUCGCGCAGGCUUUGACUGCAUAUAGGUCUCUCAUCCCGGAUUUCGAUGGUUUCCUCAACCAGCUUCCAGCUGCAGAACAACAGGCUCUGCGAGCAACUUACAACUUGUAAAUAGAAAGAUCCUUCGGGACAGGCACAGCAUUGGCGCAAUAGGGGAGUGUUUUGGGCAAAUAAUGUUGCAUUUAUGAUGGAACGACCCGAAGACGAAAAAGAUGGAAACUGG